AUGUGCUUCUACCACAUUGAUAAAUGUCCACCCUACAAUUACCUUCGUUCAUAUGUCUUCUGUAAUCAUGAUGAGGCAAACGUUCAAAUUACCCGAUGUGUUACCUGGAGAGGUCACAGUAACCCUGUACCUAACGGUGCUAAAGAAGUGUGUCCAAAUAUGGUGAUUCGCCAUGAUAAGGGGUUAGAAAACGGUGAUUGGAAUACCCACGGUUUCGGCGUAGAGAGGCCUACAAUCACUCGUGGCUGUCAUGUGUGUUGGAUGGUGAUCUAUGCGGCGAAGUGGAUGCGGACUAUGGCAACGGAUCUAAGCAGUCCAGCUUCGUCCAACAAAGAGGCUAGUUCUGAUGAGAACCUUGAGUUCAAUCCAGAUCAUAUGGCAAGAACAGAGGAACGAGACACCGAUGAAACCGCAAGUGAUCAAGGUCUUGGUGACGAGCCCGAGACUGACCAUAACGAGGAAAUUUUCACAACUUCUGACAACGAGGACGAGCCCAGAACUCCGAGCAAUGAUGAAAUAGCGCGCGGCAGCAAAUAUGAUGCGAGUUUGAUUCGCGACAGCGACUCAACCAGUGAUUUCAGCGUCGAAGACGAGAUGACGUGUUCGAUGUACCGAUAUCGCGGGCCUACCAAAAUAUUUGCUGCGUCGCCACAAGAUCAUCGAAUUGAGGAAGUGGCCGUCAAAUCAGAGCCGCCAAAAACCCGAGAAACACAUCCGAACAAUGUUUUGCGACGACGACGACAAAAGAACGCUGCGACUAUGGCAACAGAGAUGAGUCGUGGUGAGGGAAAUUUUCAGCAGAGCUCAGCACGUUCGCGAACCCGAAGACGGGUUUCGAAAUGGGUGACAAGCCAGUCGAGCAUGAAAGCCGCAAGUCCAUUUGAGACCACAAACAACGCGAAAAGACCAGCUGUUCACACUCGCUCUCAGUUCAUGUCACAACCUGGAGCGUGUGUCGGAGACGCCUUCGAGGCCCUUACAGAAUCCGUGGAAAAUUCCAACGCUCUUGACAAGAAAGACUCCGCAGUCAACGAUGAUGACAACGACGAUGACGAUGACGACGACGACGAGCAGGAGAUCUACCCCGCAACCCAAGAUGGAUCGUACAAAGAUAGCGUAUCCAACCUCUUCGAGGAUAACGAUCUGGAAACAUCCCCUCAUCGAAGCUCCCUCAACUCCAAGAGUGAUCAAGCAGCCUGUGAGAUGGCGAUCAAGCCAAAUCUGCGAAAACGGCCACGCCUGGUCGAAGACAGCACGUACGUCGAGGCAGACAUGCUACGGGAGAGCGUUAAACACCUCCGUUGCGAGACCGCAGCUCUCAGCGACCGAGUCGUAACCUUGCUUCAAGAGCAGUCAGCCACGGCAAUCCGCGAAGUCGCAUUGUUGAAGAGGGUGGCUGAGCUUGAAGCGAAGUUGGAUUCUGCGUGA